GUGACUUAUUAUUUGCUAAAAUGGAAGAUGACUGAGUUGAAUUUCAUUCCUUACCAACUGUGGUCAUCUGGAAUCCAUCGGUACACCCUUGAACGUUAUACUGAUGCACAUUUGUUUGAUUGUACCAGUGUACUGUGAAGGUCUGCAAUCAGCUGUUAAUUUUAUAGUCAUUUUAGUAUUAAGAUGCCUUUUCUUAGUCCAGACUGGAGAUGUCCUGGAGGUCAGUGGCUAAAGACAAACGAAAGCGGCAGCAUGUGGGAAAAUGCCAAAAUUUAUCGGCUCAGAAUGUUUGAAACCAUCAAUGAGAAUGUUGUAAAGCGAUUGUGUCGGCAAACACUAGAAGAUGAAAUGAAGUCAACGCCGUAUGUUAGUGAAUACCUCAAAGCCGUUUUUUACCAACCAUAUAUACACCUUCAAGCAGGGACUACUCGUGAGAUCGCUACAACAACAACCAUUAGUGAAGCUCUCCUAAAGCUUGAUACCAAAGCUGCUCUAAGAGAUAUAAGAAGAUUUGAUUAUAUAUGCAAAAUAAUUGAGCUUCUUAUUUCAGAACACUUUCACAGGUUAGCUGGAAGGUUACAGCUCUUCUUAAUUGAACUUCUGAAAGAGGUGCUCAAACAAGUCCAAGCUAGUUGCAACCAGACAGAACGUUUUCGAAAGCUUUUGGAUGCAUUACGAGAAAAUCUAGAGAAAAAUGAAUAUGAUCAUAUUGGAAGUGCCUUACUUUGGCAGAAUCAUAAAAAGGCCUUAGAUGAGAUGUAUAUUCGUAUUGAUGAAUUUGAUAUCGAAAAAAAAAUCCAAUCAUUUACAACCUGUCCGCAUUACAAGCUCAGGCCCUUGAGUGUACGUGAAAACUCUUCAGAUGAAGGUAUAAAACUGGAAAGACUUCCAUCUGAAUGUUUAACUCAUGUCCUGACCUAUAUAAACUCUCCUCAGGAUCUUGAAACGGCAUCUUUGGCUUCAAGUGCAUUAGCCAGUGUAGUUUCAGAUAAACACUUUUGGAGAACUUUAACACUAACACACUUUGAUAUAAGUCAGAUACCAACCGUUAAUUAUGGUCUUCCUGGGUGGCAUACUCGAUCUCCGGCAUCAAUUGAUGAUUGUGAUUGGAAACGAGCCUAUGUCAGACUGCUCAAAAUAUACGGAGACAAUCAUAUUUAUCCAGCCAAGCUAGCUGUCUGCGAAGUUUGCUUCUGUUUGUUUUGGCCGAUAUUUGGACAUCCUUGUCAUUAUCCUAAUAAAGAACAACGUAUUCGUCUACUUACUCCAUAUGAAUUUAUUGCGCUCUUCCAAAUCUGAUCCAGAUCUGUUCAUUAUAAUCAUAUUUUAAAACAUUAGAGUGCCUUCAGUUUAUUUUCAUUAGUCAUAAAAAAUUUUUAUGACAAUGAUCUAGUAUUUCUUUUUUUUUUAUAAUUUAAACUUUGUAUUUAUUCUCAUUUUCAUCAAAUAACUAAAACAAGAAUAAACAAACAAAAGAAAAUGCAUUUACUCAUAUAAUGUGCAAUUUGACUACUUUCAAUUCAUUAUUGUUUUUAUUUAUUUGAUCCUUCUUAAACAAAAAAAGAUCUUAACUUUUACUCAUCAUAAUCUUAUGGGAAAUAUGAUCAUUUUUCUGGGUUUUUUUUAUGGAUCUAUCCUGAUUUUAUUUCCGGUUUAUGUGGGGACUUGUUAACCUCUUUUCUUUCCUUUUUUUAUAAAAAAAGAACACCCCUUUCAAUAAAUUAUAUAUCUUCAUGUGAGUAUGAGCAUGUCAAUACAUAUAUAUAUUCUUAUAUAUUUACAUCAAACUGUGAUCGGCCAAAAAAAGAAAAAAAAUAUACUGUAAAAAAACUUCUUUUUGCGCCAGUUGACCACUGAAGUUUGUUUCUAUUUACUUAUUGAUUUUGUUUGUUUAUUUAUCUAAUUUAUUUUUCUUCUGUUUAUGUUGUCGCAAGAUUUAUUUUUUUGUUUUGUUUUUAUCAUAUCAGGAAGUAAAAAAAGAGGGCUUGUUUUUAGUCCCAUUUAUUAUUUCCUUAAACAUAUACAUAAAUAUUGAUUUAUUGUUUCGUUUAACAAAGCAGUCAUAUAAAUAUACAUCUCUAUAAAUUUGC